UUGACCCGCAAAGACUUUGCAACUCUUCUUCAUUCCGCAAACUACCGCACCGGCGAGCCCGAAGGAUGGCUCAACGAUGAAAUCAUCAACGGCUUUUUCACCGCUCUCUGCAAUGCCAUGAACGACAAGGCCGGCCACACCAAGGGCAAAGUGCCGCCAUUUGCAUCCUAUAUAACUGGCUGGUAUUCUUCAGUCACCAAGAAGGGAAUCAACGCCAUCGAAAGAUGGUCACGUCGCAAGGGCAUCAAGGGUGACAAGCUGCUCGAAUGCAAGCGUAUCUUCUUCCCGGUCAACCCUGGUAACCAUUGGUCGUUGCUUGUUAUCUGCCCUGACAUUCACACCAUCGAGUACCUUGACAGUCUGGACGUUGGCUACUCCGAAGACAACCGCAAGAGCACCCGCUAUAUAAAGCUCGGUCGUCAAUGGCUCCAGAUGGAGCUUGGUGACAAAUACGUCGAAGGCGAAUGGAAGGAAGUUGACCGUCGCAGCGCCAUUCAGAAUAACGGUUCAGACUGCGGCGUUUUCACCUGCCUGAACGGCUUCGCUUCUGCUCUUGAACUCUCCAAUCCUACCAAAGAGUUCGGCCCGGAGCAGAUACCUUACGCUAGACGCGCGAUGGUCUCUAUGUUCAACCUCGGAGGCUUUAACAAGCACUUUGAGCUAUGA